UCGUUGGAAAUGAACGGGGCCAAAAGCUCGCACACUCUCAAGGAUAUACACGAUCUACCUCCAGAGAUUAUCCGCGAAAUUUUCCUGAUCGGCCUCGCCAGCAGUAAUGCCUACCAAGAUAUUAAGUAUCGAAUCGCCAUAUCGUCCGUCUCCCAUCUUUGGCGUUCCUUCGCAUUGGAGGAGCCGAGGUUUUGGUCCGACGUCAGUAUUUCCCUUAGAUGGCCAGUCUCGCGUGUGUAUGGGGCGACUGAUCAGCAAUCGGGAGACGGACCCGAUCAUGUCGCUGUGCUGAGUCGAGCAUCCGUGUGGCUUCGUCGAUCGAAGAACGCGCCCCUGCACCUCACUCUGAUGUUGUACAAUGUGCCCCUCGUGGUGCAGAGGGAGGUCAGGGAAUUAGUGGCUCCUCAUUUUUACCGGGUCAAGACCCUGUCGCUUCGCCUUCAUCAAUAUGCGUACAACGUCGAAUUAAAGAAACUAUGGUUACCCCUUCCUGAUUCGGUCGGCUCUCUUCGAGCCCUUGAACUUCAAUUGCUCAUCGGAGACGAUUAUCCUGAUGAUCCCAUUGAACUGGGACCCCCUCUCACACUGCGUCGGUUCGUUUUCGACACUUGUACGCCUCCGAACCGUAUUUUUCUAUCCAAAUUCGAAGUAUCGGAAAAGUUGUCCCUCAACGAUGUUUGUUCACAAUCUAUCAUCAACAUCUUUGAACGCUGCCCCGACGUGAAGUGCCUCGAAUUAUCGGGAAUUCCCUGUCCGCGAUUCUUUAUGUAUCCACCAUCGCCCCAAUUUUCCAUCAUCGAUGAGCGCCAACCUGUGCGUUGGUCAUUCGCUUCUCUCCACCGGCUUUCUAUUCAUAAACUUCAUCACUCCUUGAUCGAAGCUGCUCCAAAUCUGAAGCACCUACAGUUUCACGAGAUAACACCCGAAAUCGUGUGGAAACCCACGUCCGUUGAUACUCUGUCGGGUCUUGAAGUGAUCCGAGCGCGAGAUAUGGAUCAAAUAAUCACUCUCGCGUCUGGGUGUUUAGUCUCUUCCCAAAACCUCAAGGCGAUCGGAUUGUCCCUGCGGUUCCCCCGUCCUGUGUAUAACCCUGCACCGCUGUUCUCCCAGUCCGUUGCUCCCUUCCUAUCGGAAACUGUGCAGGAUGACAUUAGAAGCCAGAUUUCACGCCCUCCACCGUUUCCUGGAUUAAAAUUACUCGUCAUGGAUAUCAGCUUGCACAAGAGAGGGAUGGUCUGUGUGGAUGUGAACGAAAACUCACUUCCUGUGUACGUGGAGAAGCUGCUUCGAAUGCGUCCUGGGAUGGUAUUGGUGUUCCGAGUACCACGAUACGUCAAGGAAUCUCUGCAGGACCUUUCCAAGCUCAUGCCGGAUCGAUUUGUCAUUGAUUGCGACCUCAUUGAAAUGGACGACCUCGUUGAACGCUAUAUACGCUGAUAUUUAUUGUGAGAGGGAGGCCAUCAUUUGAUGUAGAUACCAAAUGUAUUCUAAUAGAAGUUCAUGUGCAAACAA